GUGAGUCCGAACGGUCACAGACAGCGAUUAGCUGGUGCUUAUUCUGAACUCGCAGCAACUUGGGAUCUGCUCUAGGUCUGGUGGAAACACUCUGUAAACAACAUCGCUCCAACAGUAAUAGACUUUCUAACGUCGCAGCCUGAGUGGGCCAUUGAAUUUUCAUUCACUCUGCAAUGGACUGGGACGUGGGGCCAUCCCCUUCACAAUUCUCCUCAUCAUCCCAAUGGGCGCGCGCCAGUACUCGGCCUGCAUCUGCAAACAUGAGCAUCGACGACGAUGUCGGCUACGUGACAUGGAAGCAAUCCCAACCCGACCCCAUCAUCCGAGAACUCAUGCACAACGCAGAGAGCAAAAAGGAGGGAAAACGAGAACAGAAACCCCGUUUGGAUGCGUCUGAGCACACGUCCACAUGGGCAUCAAGCACCAGCACGUCUGUUCCUCACCGCACGGCAUCCCUCCCCGGUUUUUCCACACCGUCGACAGGCACACUUGCAUCUACGUUUGCGUCUAAUUCAUCGAGAAAACUACAUCCAAUGAAACUCAUCUCGAAGAAAGUACCCCCGUCGCGUGCGUAUUCAUCUACCGCACCUGUCAAGGAUGGCGUCUCUUCCGAAUCAGAACUGGCCGCGAGGUACCUUCAUAUCAUACGUAAUGGCACUGCAGAGAUGGACGAGAAUUCGAGGCGAAAGCAAGCUGCGAAGGCGAAGGUAGAAAAAGAGGCGGCGAGUGGCACGCCGGGGGAUAUCGCGACCCGGAAGAAUACUUGUGCAUCUUCGUCUGUGUCGAGGUCCACAUCUACCGCGUUAACUGCAAGGCCUUUAAAGAAGACGGCUAGUAUCUCGUCUACUUCUUCUGCACCUCUGCGAGGAAAUGUGAUCAGUAGAUCAUCGAGCUCUGCAACUAUCAAGCCUACAGUUAAACUUUCUAGAGACAGUGGCACAUGCGGGGACAUCCAGAUGACGUUGGACUCAGACCGAGAUACGGAUCGCGAGGAAAGCACUUUCACCGAUUUUGCAGGUGACUUCGCUCCAAACGAGUCUUUCUCGAUGCACGUAGAUGACGUCCUACCUCCUCCCAAGCGUGCUGUGGGGAGGACCCCCAGUAUUGUUAUGGACACCAGCCCUACGGCUUCUUCCUCAAACUCUGGGUUUACGCCUCCUUUCAAAAUUCUCGCAACUGCAUCCACCUCCGCAUCUGCAGCAGUUACAGAGAAGAUACCCCAGUCGAGACAUGUUGUAGCACCCUCAGCAACUCAACGAGGUCCCCCACCGCUGGGCAUGCGCCGGCAACACAAUCUCCCAAAUUCCGGAUUCCCUUUGUCGCAAUCGCGCUACGCCACUACGCAGUCUCCCUAUGCGGCUUCACAAGCAAAGGGACAAAAGCCAGUGACGCUUCCGCCCUUCAAGCCUCCGCUGCUCAAGAAGCCCAACUCGAAACCUACUUCCGCGCCAAAGCAGGUCUUUCAGACUCCUGAAAGCCCGCCGACUUCGACGCCCGAGCUGGUCAAGGACGAUAGCAACGAUGACGGUGAUGAUGAAGAGGAUAAAUUCGGUGCGGCUGGUGCGGAUUCGUCGUUUGACGUGUCUUUUGAUGUGGAUGUGGAUGCCCUGGAGGCGACCAUGCGGCAGUAUGAUUGAUGGGGUGGACGUAUGCGUUUUUGACGCCGGAGACUACGAGAUACAUGUACGCGCAUUCACAUAUAAUACUCACUUUGUGAUUUUGAACUGCAUAUCUGGACUCUUGACUGCUACGUAGACUACAUACCGGCCGGUAUACCAGUCACUAAGUAUUAGGAUACAUUUCCAGACAUCAUCA